ACUUCACGCAAUGGACGCAGAAGAUUUGAUGGCCUCUUUACACGUGGCCUUCAUCCAGACGCUCGAGUAAACCGUGAAAAUCAUUCUCCGUCGCCUCUUAUUCGUUCACACCAUCUUCAACCUCUGUACAUCCCUGCGCAUAACGAACAAGCCGUAGCCGCUACGCUGCUGCCUCACAAACUCCUUCAAUGUCCCAAGCAUCCUCAAGUAUUCUCUCUCUCUCUCUCUCUCUCUCUCUGUGUUUGAUAGUGAUUGGCUGGGAUUUCUCGUGUGAUUGAGCAGAAAUGAAGGUUGUCGCUGCGUACUUGUUGGCCGUGUUCGGAGGCAACACCAGCCCUUCCUCAGUAGAUUUGAAGGAGAUCAUAGGAUCAGUUGGAACUGAAGCUGAUGGGCACCCGGAGAUUUGCCUCAUGUAACUCUGGGCCACGCUAUGUGCAAGUUCUGCAGGACAAAAUCAUAUUGCCUCAGAUUUUGAUGCCGAUGAAUGAGGUUAUCUUUGGAAAUGGAGAGCGUGCGUGCAAUUCUCUGGAAAUGGAAUGCAUGGAAGCUCCAAUUUUCUUGGAAAAUGAAUGUGCUCUAUUACGGGAUGCUUUUGGGUUUGCAAAAGCUAUUACUUAAGCCGGAUGGUUUGCUACCUUGACGAGCACAUCCUAGAGUGAUGUAAUGUGCAUCUCUAUUUUCAUCAUUUUUUAUUCUUCUUCUUCUUCUGCACCACUUCAAAACCCUCUUACUUUGCGUAAGUUCUAUAAUAUUCAUGAAGUUUCUCUAUGGACCUAAAUAUAAUCACAUCCUUAGGUUCCUUAACAUUUUUAACUUCAUCUAUGAGCUUGGAACGACAAUUGUUAACACUA